AAAUUUAAUUGAUGGUAUAGAGCGGUAUUUCCCAAUAGGGGGCCCACGCCCCACAAAGGGGAAAUUUGAUAAUUAAGGGGGGCAAUCGUACUAAAUUAAUAUGAAAAUGUGUAUUAAAAUUAUUUUGAUUUAGAAUUUUAGUUUUUUAAUAUACGUUUGGAAAUAUUACGUACUGUGUUUUGAUAACAAUUUCAUAGUGAUUUCUUAAAUGAACAAAUCAAUAUUUUACUGUUAAAAAUUAUCUAUUGGGGGCAUAAAAAUUUUAGGAAUGCUACAGCGGGGAACGGCACAGAAAAGGUUGGGAAACUUUGGUAUCGAGUAAUGUUUAGAUUUAACUAAGAAUUUUUACCUAUUUACCUAAGAUUUGAAAACUACUGUGACACGGAUCUUGAGGGAAAAUACUUACUAAUGAUUAAUAUGACAUUUUCUUCUGUAUGACCGUGUAUUUAGCACAUUUUCAAUAUUAAAUUAAGUAAAAAUUAUAAAGCUACAACCGAUUCGUGUCACAUAAUAUUUAUGACAAGUCUUUUAUUUUAAAACCGUGCUGCCAGAUUAAAAUCUCAAAGGCUACAUUCCGUGACAACUACAUUUUUUCUUUGACAGGUGGCAGUGCUGUUAAUGGAUACACCAGGCCUCUUCGACCCCAACAGCACAGUGCGCGAUAGCUCCAUAAUAUUUGCGCUCUCCACCCUAAUAUCGUCUGUUCAGAUCUAUAAUCUCAUCGGGAAUCUUCAAGAAGACGAUCUUCAGUGGUUACAGUUAUUUACCGAGUACGGAAAACUACUUAAAAACGAAGACGGCUCCAAAGCGUUUCAGAUGCUAAUGUUCCUUAUCAGAGAUUGGUUUUACCCUUAUGAACAUGCUUUCGGUGCCAAAGGAGGUGCCGAGCUAUUAAAAAAGAAACUUGAAAUUACAGAUAAAAUGCCAAAAGAGCUAUGUGACCUCCGGGAACAUAUUCGUUCUUGCUUCGAUAAGGUUUCAUGUUUCCUUAUGCCUCACCCCGGUUUCAAUUUUUCGAAUCCAAGCUACAACGGAAACUUUUCUGAGCUUUCGGCAGACUUCAGAGACGCUCUUAAAGAGCUUGUACCAUCUAUAUUUACGCCUGAAAAUUUGAAUAUAAAAAAGAUAAAUGGAGUUAAAAUAACUUGCGCUGAUUUGUAUACAUAUUUCCAAACUUAUAUAAAUGCUUUUAACACUGACUCUAUGAUAACUCCUAGCAGUAUCUUCGAGAAUACCAAGAGGGCGGCAUUGACGGCAGCUACGCGGGAAGCUACCAGUAAGUACACGAAGAUCAUGGAUUCUGCAUGCAAUACCAACACGCCAAGUAUGCCAGGUGAAGGAGUUCGCGUUACUCAUAACCAAGCAUUGGAUAAAGCAAUCGAAGCGUUUAACAAAAAAGGGAAAUUGGGCUCACAGAAAGAGAUUGAUGCAUACCUAACUCAAUUAAAGCGUGAUUUAGAAGAACAAUUACCACGUUAUGGCCUUAUGAACGACGGAAAGUAUCGGAAACUAGCAUUCGAAGCAAAAGAAGUAUUUGAUAAUACAGUCAAAGCAGUGCACGGUGAAAAUUUGUUUUGCUUGCAUCCGAAUGACGUAGAACCAUUAUUCAAUGAAGCCGUUUUAGCCGCUGUUACUUACUUUGAUUCCAAAAGGCAAAAAAUUCCAAAUGUCUUUGAUGAAGAAAAGAUUAAAUUUAUUCAGUGCUUAGGCAAAGAACUGAAGUUUCUCCAAGCGUUGAAUCUACAAAACAACAGACACGUUGUAACUGAACUCAAGAUGAACUUCUCUAGUUUCAUGGAAGGCUUAGUCAGCAAGGAUCCUCCAUUAGAUGACAACGAAUAUGAAGUCAAGUACCAAGAAAGCUACAGAAAAGCCAUUGAGACAUUCAACCAGCGACGAAACAGGCCUACAGAAUUUCCAGAAGAUGUAUUCAAACUAUCUCUGAUGCAGCACAUGCCAACUCAAUUCACUGACUUAAAAGAAAUCAAUAGAAGUAAAAAUAGGAAACAAUUCAUGCUGUCGCUGUCAUUCUACGUGAAUUACAUGAGUCUUUUCUGGGAUCCCGAUACAUGCUGCUUACAUCCGAACGACUUGGUAAACGAACGUAAUUUAGCAUUAGAACAAGCGUUGAAACUAUUUCACCCCGAAUUGCCAGAUGACAUGGAGAGAGAAAUACUUAAACAGUUCAUCAAGUCGAAGUAUGACGAUCUGCGCGAACUGAACGAUGCUGCGAAUGAAACGGCUAUUGCUUCAGCUGUUAAUGUGUAUAUAGAAAAAAUGGAUAAAGCCACAGAAUUUAAGGGCUGGUGGGUCCCAACUUUGGGGAUUCCGUAUAUUGUCAACCUGGCUAAUAGAUCUUCCUAUCACGAGGAAGCCAAGAAAGCUGUUCUUCUUAAUUUCUACUCGAAUCGUCGCGAUCGCAUGAACAGCGCUCCCGAUAAAUACUACAAUGAACUUAUUAAGGUAAAGCAUAAUAUUUUUGUUGGGAUAGAUAGAUGUACAAAUAUGUACAAUAUCCACUUGAUACUGAGCGACUUACAGACUGUUAACAGAACGUUUUGCGCCACUGCACACAGACUGUUAACAGAAAGGUAAGUGAUUCACCGCAGGCAGCUGUCUACUUUAUAUAUACGUACCUUAAAAAUAUCGUUUGAAUUUGACCGUGGGAUAAAAUUGAGGGAACACAGGACGAUGAAAUUCUGUCAGCCUAUUGAGUGGGCACUAAAGUCCUACCUAUUUCUGUAGAAUAGUAAUCUUGCUUUACAGUUUGAAGAAUUGGGACCGUUUGUAUACAAUAUAAUUGAGUCUUCGAUUACAUAGUGGAGGUGGAAUUUAUGUUAUCAUGUCUAUCGUCUCGGGUAAUGAGCUUCAAAGCGCGGGAGAUGUGAGCUGAUCUAGACUAAUAACAAGGUGUUCAUGAAAUAUCCAUAAAUCUUACAUUUGAUACCAAAAGUCAAAAGUAAAUUUUGACUUGGCUUGACUUGACUUUGAUUUGGAUAAAAUCUUUAUUUUGUAUUUAAAUUAAUCUGUUUAUUAACUUACGCAGGAGAUCAACUACGCUCGGAUGAAAUAUUAAGAUCUUCUUGCGAACCGGCUUCCAGUAAUGACAACUUCUUCUUCAUCUAUCUUUUAAUUUUUGAAUUAAUAAAAUCAAUCUUGAAAUGAA